CGCAACAGCUCUAAAUUUUUCUAGUGUUUAUUCUCUAUAUAUUUUCUGCUUUUCCACGGUCACAAAAUUGUAUAAAGUGUUCAUAAAGUGUAAAUUUGUAACAUUCGUGUUUUUUAAGCUUAGUAAAAAACAAAAUUAAAGUCAUCAUUUCAAUCGGCAUUUUGUUGCAAAUAAUUUGGCAUUAUUAUUAUUAUUAUUGUGAUGACUUUGGAAACUCUGUAAAAUGGAUUGGCAUUUCAACUGUAUUUGAUUCCAGACAUUGUGCAAUUUUCAAGAAUUUGGCGAGAAGGCAUCGUAGCACGGUGUGUGUGUGAGAGAGACAGAGAGUGAGUGCGAGUGAGUGUGUGUGCGUGUGUGUGUGUGUGAGGGUCUGGGAUAUUGGUUCGAUUGGUUUGCAGAUGUCACCAAAUACCGGACAACAAGAUCAGGAACAGCAGCAGCAGCAGAACCAACAGCAACAACAGCCACAACAAAUAAUAAACAAAUCACCCAUUCCACACGAUAAUAAUUUGAAUGAUAAUACCAGCAUUAACGACGACGAUCGCGAGACAUGGAGCGGCAAAGUGGAUUUUUUAUUAUCAGUUAUUGGAUUCGCUGUAGAUUUAGCAAACGUUUGGAGAUUUCCAUAUUUAUGCUACAAAAACGGAGGUGGCGCUUUCCUUGUACCCUAUGGAAUUAUGUUGGUAGUUGGUGGUAUUCCACUUUUCUACAUGGAAUUGGCCCUGGGACAGCACAAUCGUAAGGGGGCCAUCACAUGUUGGGGUCGUCUUGUGCCCCUCUUUAAAGGCAUUGGUUACGCUGUGGUUCUAAUUGCCUUCUAUGUGGAUUUCUAUUAUAAUGUUAUCAUUGCCUGGUCAUUGCGUUUCUUUUUUGCCUCAUUUACAAAUACUUUACCCUGGACAUCGUGCAAUAAUGCCUGGAAUACACCUCAAUGCAGGCCGUUUGAGAGCCAAAAUUCCACACGUUUAAUACCAAAUGGCAAUACAAGUGAUAUUUAUUUGUAUGGCAAUCAAAGUUUAUAUUUUACAAAUGAAACCAUGUACUAUGGAAAUGUUACCAGUUUGGCACCAGCUAUUGCUCCCUCAUCUCAUGUUGAGGGUUAUCAAUCGGCGGCUUCUGAAUAUUUUAAUCGUUAUAUUCUGGAAUUAAAUCAAAGUGAAGGCAUUCAUGAUCUGGGUGCUAUUAAAUGGGAUAUGGCUUUGUGUCUUCUCAUUGUCUAUCUCAUUUGUUACUUUUCUUUGUGGAAAGGCAUUAGCACCUCCGGCAAGGUGGUUUGGUUUACAGCUUUAUUUCCCUAUGUGGUCUUGUUGAUUCUACUUAUACGUGGUCUAACCUUACCAGGAUCAUUUAUGGGUAUACAAUAUUAUUUGACACCCAAUUUCAGUGCCAUUUACAAGGCCGAAGUAUGGGUAGAUGCUGCCACUCAAGUGUUCUUUUCAUUGGGACCAGGUUUUGGUGUACUCUUGGCCUAUGCCUCAUACAAUAAAUACCACAAUAAUGUGUAUAAAGAUGCUUUGCUCACCAGCUUCAUUAAUUCGGCUACAAGUUUUGUGGCUGGUUUUGUGAUAUUCUCCGUAUUGGGUUAUAUGGCUCAUACAUUGGGUGUACGCAUCGAAGAUGUGGCCACCGAGGGUCCGGGAUUGGUAUUCGUUGUCUAUCCAGCAGCCAUAGCCACAAUGCCAGCCAGCACAUUUUGGGCAUUGAUCUUCUUCAUGAUGUUACUUACCUUGGGUCUGGAUAGUUCGUUUGGAGGAUCGGAGGCCAUUAUAACAGCUUUGUCGGAUGAGUUUCCAAAAAUUCGCCGUAAUCGAGAGCUCUUUGUAGCCGGACUCUUUUCAUUGUAUUUUGUUGUUGGCCUGGCCAGUUGUACUCAGGGUGGUUUCUAUUUCUUUCAUUUGCUCGAUCGAUAUGCCGCCGGCUAUUCCAUAUUGGUGGCUGUAUUCUUCGAGGCCAUUGCCGUCUCCUGGAUAUAUGGAACGAAACGUUUUAGCGAUGAUAUACGGGAUAUGAUUGGCUUUCCGCCGGGAAUGUAUUGGCAAGUUUGCUGGAGAUUUGUGGCUCCAAUUUUCUUGCUAUUCAUCACAGUUUAUGGCCUAAUUGGCUAUGAGCCGUUAACCUAUGGCGACUAUGAGUAUCCAGGAUGGGCCAACACUUUGGGUUGGUGCAUAGCCGGCUCCUCGGUUGUGAUGAUACCAGCUGUGGCCAUAUUAAAGUUAAUCUCCACACCGGGCACUCUAAGUCAACGAUUGACAGCCUUGACGACGCCGUGGCGGGAUCAGCAACUGGAAAUGGCAUUGACCCUGAAUGGGGUGACCACUGAGGUGACUCUGGUACGAAUAACUGAGACCGAUCACAAGGGUGCGGUGGAUGUCUGAGUUCGGCCUAGAUUUCCGAUUUAUUAUGUUUGAAGAUUUACCAACAACUUCGGCUUAUACCUAAAAAAACCUUUCUGUUCAUUUAUUUCAUUUCGAUUGGCUUUGAUCUUGAUGGUAAGAUCUUAUAAUGAAGCAUACUUUCGCAUACAACGUAAUGUACUUACCACUUAGGUUUCUGAGUCUAAAAAAUAAGACUAGCUUGUAGUUGAGUAGAGAAACCAUUAUCAAAAACCAUUACCAAAAAACAAAAAAAACCAAAACCAAAACAAAUGCUGUGUAGAUAAUACAGAAACUUAGAACAUUUGAAUUUGAUAACUUUUGCUUGCUAAUGCCAAAAGGAAUUAAACACAAACGACCAAAACAAA